CCAAACGGUAAAGACGCGGAGCUCCGCUGAAAAAUAAAACAAUAUACAGAAGGAGAGAGCGAAGGGAAAGAAACUACAAAAUCGCAGCCCAAAUCGCGCUUCGUGGAAAAGAAAAAAAAAUUUGGCUACAAAAUAAUUGCAAAAAGGCUUCCGCCAAAUAACCCCGAAAGAAUCGAAAUAAAAAGUGUUUUGAAAUGCCAGUUAAGCAAAUACGCCAAUUAUGGGCAGCCUAAGGCGAAAGAAGGAAAGAGACAGGGCAACUCUGCCUCUUCCGUGUUGUUGUGUGUAAUGUGUGAAACGAUUUUCCUCCUUCAACAAUUUUUUUGGCAAUAUGCACGGGGCAUGUAUGUAGAUACAGCGACGAACAUGCUGAAAUGGAGCCACACAGAAGGGCCCUUCAUUAAAUUGGCUGCAGAAGAAUAAGCAAAAAAAUUACAAAAAAAAAAAAAACAGAAACAGUAGCAGAUGAGGGAGGGUUACUUUUUGAGGCAAACACCAAGGAAAUAAUAACCUUGACGGCUUCUGGCCAAGGCUCUCAACUCGCUGUUCGAUGGCUCUAGUCGUACAACAUGGCGUAUGCUUAGUAAAACCAAAAUAUUAAACGCCAGCAAGUAUGCAAACAUGUGCAACAAAGUGUGCGUGCGCGUGUGGGUGCCAAAUAAAAAAUUAAGCAAAUAAAUAAGCGAUUCGAUACGACUCGACUCCACUCUACGCGAUUCCCGAUGACGCAUUCGAGAAGAGUAGGGCAGAAGGUUAAAUUACACAAAACGUCAAAUUCGCCACGUACGAUAGUCGUUUCGGAGUCGCCAGUCCGUAAUUCGGAUUCGGUUUCGGAGUGCUCGGUCGGGAUACGGAGUAUUCAGAUUAUAGGCGUACAGAGAGCAGAAACUAUUUAGCACAUAACACACCAAAACUUUCCAACUGGACCCCGCCAGAAAAAUAUAAAACCGAAAAAAUCACCAAAAAAAAAACAUUUAAUGUUAUCUAUGAGCCUCGAACAAAGUAUCCCUGUGCCACUGGAGAAUAUCAAGCAUAUUAUUUCAACAAUUUACUCAACCAGAAAAUGUGCCUAGCUCUCUGAGCGUGGGUGAAAGCUUGGCGAGAGAGGGAGAGCUAGAGCGAGAGAGUAGCACCCUCAACCUAAAUUCACCACAAUAAAAUACAACAAAGAGGCAAACUAAAAAAAAAUUGAAAAAAAAAAUACUUUCACUCUCGCCACAACGUGGCGGCAUCGAGAGGCAGGAAGCGCAUAAAGUGACAGACAGACAGAAAGAAAGAGACGGACGGACGGACGGCGCUGGAAAACUCAAAGGGAAAACUUUUUGCAUGCCACAAGCAGGAGGAGCGUCACAAUCAGCAUCAGCUGACUGCUGCAGGAAGCCUGGCAGCAGGACAACUGUGUGUUGCGGACAGGACGAGCGUCCGGUCGUGUCACCAUCCAUUCAAUAGGGGCCUACAGCAAACACUGGCCAACACACACAGGCUCCACUGGCCGCCUCUCACCAACACACACACACACCGCGCUCGAGCAACGGCAGUUUUAAUGUAUCCUUAGAAUUCCAAACAGCUCCAGCAGUGUAAUGCGCCUUGGGGGCAGUGGCAUUCCAUACGACGGCGACCCCCUGACAAUGAGCGCAGCUGGCAACGACUAUGCCGAACUCUGUGAUCUUGGACCCUCGCGAUGGAGUGCCCGACCCUACGGAUACAAUGCGACCGCAGCGGCAGCCGCCGGCUUUGGCCUUGGGCCCUCGAUGGGCGGUACGCAGUCGUCGUCCAGUGUGCCGACGGGCGGAUCGACCGGGCUCAGUGGUCACCACCUGCGCAGUAGUGGAGCGCCGGGACCGAGCAGCUUCGAGGCGGAGGACAUUGGCAUGGCCUUUGGCAUGAUUAGUCCGCCGCCGGGCAGUGGACCCUACGUUGGAUCGUCGGCGGCGGGGGCGGGGGCGGUCGGUUCGCGCGUUGGCAACAGCACCAGUUCGCUGCGCGGUGCCGGCGGUCGUUCCGGAUUGUAUUACUCCCCGCCGGGCACCUCAUACACGAUCGUCGAGCGCCCCCACUCGCCGCACUACUACUUCAACUCGGCGGGCGUGCCCACCAAGGGCGGCUCGUUGCCGGGGCGUGGCAGCGCCUAUCUCAGCUCCUCACCCGCCAGCCACAUGGCCGCCGGCACGGCGGGCACCCUGCCCACCUCGACGGCGGCCAGUGGGCGAUCGAUGGGCCAGCAUGCGAGCAGCAAUGGUAAUAAGAAGCGGCCCAUCUCGCCGGAGCAGGUGCUCCGCAUGUUCGGCGCCACCCAGUCGUCAUCAGUUCCUACGAGUAGCUACCACUACAGCAACGGCGGCACGCGGGAUCGGGAUCGCACCGGCAGGCGGAGCCCCGCCAGCAGUCCGCCCUCCACCACCCACCAGAUUUAUCGGGAUCGGGAGCGGGAAAGGGACCGCAGUGUCCCGAAUAUCCAUGAACUUACAACGCGAACCGUUUCCAUGUCGCGCGACCAGCAAAUCGAUCAUGGUUUCGGCAUUUGCGUUAAAGGAGGCAAAGACUCAGGCUUAGGCGUCUACAUCUCACGCAUCGAGGAAAAUUCGGUGGCCGAGCGCGCUGGAUUGCGACCCGGUGAUACAAUCCUAGAGGUGAAUGGCACCCCCUUCACCUCAAUCAAUCACGAGGAGGCGCUGAAGAGAUGUGUGCAGAUAUUGAAAUCGUCACGUCAAAUCAGUAUGACGGUCCGAGCGCCGCCCACUCUGAACUCGACCGCCCCGCUCCACGGCUUCGGUCCGCCCUCCCGCGAUCCCAUGUACGCGUCGAUGGCUCCCCCCCUGCACCCACAGAACCAGGCGGCGGCAGCGGCAGCGGCAGCAGCGGCAGCGGCGGCCUCCGGGGCGGGUCUGCCCUUCCGCCAGACCUGCUCCUGGAUGGACCGCCACGGACGACCCGCCUCCCCGCCCAUGGAGUACGGGGGCAGGCGCAGCGAGCGAAGGGAUCGAAUACGUCGUGUGGAGCUGCUGAUCGAGCCGGGUCAGUCUCUGGGACUGAUGAUACGUGGCGGCGUGGAGUACGGCCUGGGGAUCUUUGUCACGGGCGUGGAUAAGGACAGCGUGGCGGAUCGAUCCGGACUGAUGAUUGGCGACGAGAUCCUCGAGGUCAAUGGGCAGUCCUUUCUCGAUGUGACGCACGACGAGGCGGUGGGUCAGUUGAAGUACCACAAGCGCAUGUCGCUGGUGAUACGUGACGUGGGCAAGGUGCCCCACUCCUGCACCUCCAUCGAGAUGGAGCCCUGGGACGCCUACAGUCCAACGGGCACACGAGCACGCCGAAAAGGUCAAAUUGCGACCAUGGUGGAGGAGAAGGCGCGCUCUCUGCUGCCCCGUCAUCACUUUGCAAGCCUUUCCUACUAUAUUGCGGAAUAUAGUGCGAAAGCAAUGACCAUAGAUGCCUUUGUUGCCGUCUUGUUAGAGAUGUUAGAUACGUACGAAAAGCACACGCUAGUGACGGAAAUACGGGAAUUAGUUUUCCCCGAGGAUCGCACGCGAUACGAUGAGCUCGUCUAUCGCAGAGAACGCGAUCCUUAUAGCGUGGAUAGGCAUAGGCGUAAGGGAGACCCCGCCCGUGAUUUGCCGGUAACAGCCGACGAUUUGGAAAUAAUAGCCGCCACCGGACGGAGUCCUUCGUCGGACUCGGGCCUGGGCAUGACCGUAACGGAUAUACACAAACGACCCGCACUACAGUUGCCCCAUCGGCCCAUGUCGGCGGGACCCAUACUGCAUCGCUCACAGCCAGCAUCACAUUAUCAGACAGCCAGCAACCAGUCCUCAUCAUCAUUGUCGCCUCCACAACAACAACCACAGCAACAACAGCAGCAGCAACACUAUCCACCCCACCAUGCCUCAUUGCGUCAUCUGGGCGGAAUCGGCGGCAACGUGGGAUCCGGUGGUCGUCAUCAUCACCAUCCGUUGGGACCAACCCAAUUGAAAUUCAAGCAGACCAAACACAAUCAGCAACAGGAAUACGGCUGUGAUGAGCACAGAACUCGCCGGGGCAGCGAAACCCUUUUACCGGAAUACGAACCAGAUGCGGAACAGGGCGGCUACUUAGAUGGACUGCGUUCACAUUUGGGUGGUUUAACACAACGUGUCAAAUCAUGGUAUUGGGGACGACCUCUAGAGUUGGCCACAAAACUCUCAAGAAGUUUCGAUAUGAAGGAAGAAGGCGGCACAUUGCUGGGCGAUAAAGGUGUACGAAGGCAUCAGUCCAUGCAGCGUCUGUCAGCGGAGCAGAAUGGUGGUUCAACGACUGAACAAACACAUGAACACAAUCCAAACGUCGUACCUGAUCAUAGAGGCAACUUACACAUUACAGUUAAGAAAACCAAACCAAUUUUAGGUAUUGCUAUCGAAGGUGGUGCUAAUACAAAACACCCGCUCCCUAGGAUAAUCAAUAUCCAUGAAAAUGGUGCAGCAUUUGAAGCGGGCGGCCUCGAAGUCGGGCAACUCAUCCUGGAGGUGGAUGGAACCAAAGUGGAGGGUCUACAUCAUCAGGAGGUUGCUCGACUAAUAGCCGAAUGCUUUGCUAAUCGUGAAAAGGCUGAAAUAACCUUCUUAGUUGUCGAAGCAAAAAAAUCAAAUUUGGAACCGAAGCCGACGGCGCUGAUAUUUUUAGAAGCCUAACAUUUG